CCGGAAGUCGUCAUCGCCCUAGUCCGAACCACUUCCUACUUCCGCAAACACAGCUCCGUGCAGCUUCCCCGUUUAUCGGUUGAUCAAUGCGGCGGUUGACUUCUGCCUUUCGUUUCCUGGCUCCGUUCAAUAUCCUCAACAGUUCCGACAUUUAUGAGUGAUUGAUUAAGCAUCAUGACGGCCAACAGCCGCUGUUCCGCCGCGAAGCCUCCGGGCCUGGAGACCCAGCGGCGGGAGAUCGAGUCUCUGCUGCGGGAGUGUGAGCUCCGGGCUGGGGACAGUUGGUACGUGGUGGAGCAUCGCUGGUUCGAACAGUGGAAGGAGUUUGUGGAGACCGGAGACCAGAACUCGUCGUCCUUCCCAGGUCAGAUCGACAACACAGAGCUGUUCGAAGAUCUGGACUCGUAUCACCUGAAGGAGCGUCUGGUGGAGAACGAGGACUUUGUGUUGGUGCCGGCCGAGGCCUGGCACAAGCUGCUGGCCUGGUACGGCAUGGUGGACGGUCAGCCGCCGCUCGAACGCAAGGUGGUGGACCUGCCCAGCACCCUGAAGGUGGAGGUUUACCCCGUCGAGAUCUUCCUCUGUCUCCAUAGCAACAUGGAGAACGUCACCACCGCACAGUUCAGCCGCGCCGACAACAUACAGUCGAUCCAGAGAGCGAUGUGUCAGGCCUUCUCGGUGCCUCCAGGCUCCGAGUGUCGUCUGUGGAUGAAGAGUUCGGACAGUAACUGUGAGCGUCUCAGGAACAUCCAUGUGAGCGUGCUGGACGCCUGUUUGAGCUCAGGGAUGACGGUGAUCAUGGAGACGAGGAACGCUGACGGCACCUGGCCGAGCUCCAGACCUCAGAUCAUGAGGAACUCUGUGGAGGAUCAGGACUCGUACCGAGGACAACCUGGAGUCUGUGGCCUCACCAACCUGGGCAACACCUGCUUCAUGAACUCUGCUCUGCAGUGUCUGAGUAACACCCCUCCCCUGACCGAGUACUUCCUGCAGAGCUCCUACCUGGAGGAGCUGAACUUCACCAACCCUCUGGGGAUGAAGGGAGAGAUCGCCGAGGCCUACGCCGACGUCAUCAAACAGAUGUGGUCGGGGAGACAUUACUCUGUGGUGCCACGUGUCUUUAAGACGAAGGUGGGUCACUUUGCGUCUCAGUUUCUGGGUUACCAGCAGCACGACAGUCAGGAGCUGCUGUCCUUCCUGCUGGACGGGCUGCACGAAGACCUGAACCGAGUCAAAAACAAAGAGUACAUUGAACUACGAGACGCAGACGGACGACCUGACCAGGAAGUGGCGGAGGAGGCGUGGCGUAACCACCGCCGGCGGAACGACUCGGUGAUCGUCGACACGUUUCACGGCCUCUUCAAGUCCACGCUCGUCUGUCCCGAGUGCCACAAGGUCUCCGUGACCUUCGACCCCUUCUGCUACCUGAGCGUCCCACUUCCUGUCAGCAAGGAGCGCGUCAUGGAGGUCUUCUUUGUCUCACUGGACCCUUACGCCAAACCUGUUCAGCAUCGAGUUGUGGUUCCUAAAGCAGGAAAAGUGUCCGACCUCUGCUCUGCUCUGUCAGAGAUGACCAACGUACCUCCCACACAGAUGGUGGUAGCUGAUGUUUUCAACCAUCGUUUCUACAAAAUCUACACCACUGAUGAAUCUCUGAGCUGCAUUCUGGACCGAGACGACAUCUUCGUGUACGAGCUGAGCGAGCUGAAGGAGCAGCAGGAGGAGCAGGUGCUGCUCGCGCUCUACCUGAGGGAGCGCUCUCACUACAGAGACUACGGCUCUGGCAGCAGCUCGUACGGCACGUCGCUGUUCGGACACCCGCUGCUGCUUGGCGUGCCGCGCAGCAGCUGCAGCCAGGAGGCGCUCUACAACCUGUUCCUGCAGCGGCUGGCGCGCUAUGUACGACCUCCUGACCCCUCUGAGGAGUUGGAAGAGGAGGAGGAGGAGGAGGAGGAAGAUGAUGAUGAAGAGGAGCUGUACAAGACUCAGACCAACGGCAUCAGUGACGAUGAGCAGCAGGAGGAUGCAGAGAAAGCCGGACCCUCUCAGACUGAGCCCUGCAGCGGUGAUACAUCAGCAAACAGCCAAUCAGAUGGCACCGAUACCGCAGAGCCCCUCCCCGAUCUCAACCACACGCAGCCCUCACUGGAACAUGGCGACACAGAGACCAAGAACGGGUCCCAGAACCAGACCGAGCCCCUCUGCGACACCAACACCAACACCAACACCCCCAACUGCACUGAUGGAGCGAGUCCCUGCAGGGACUCGAGCAGAACCACCGACACUGAAACCAGCUCAGAACCACCAGCAGAGGAAACGCUGCAGCCCAAUGAGACCACAGAAGAGGAAAGAGAGGAAGACAAGCAGGAGGAGGCGUGUUCUCCCAGCCCGCCGGCCAACGAACAGCCGGCGAAGAGGAGAGCGGUUCGUAAGAGGAGGAAGUGUUUGUUCACCAUCCAGGCGGUCAACUCCAACGGGACGACCGAGAGAGGGAUGGGAGAGGGAGGGAGUGCCGUGUCCUUCAGUUCUCAGCCUUAUGUGGCCAUCGACUGGGACCCAGAAAUGAAGAAGAGAUUCUACAAUGAAAAUGAAGCUGAGAAGUACGUCAAACAUGCCAGUAUGGAGGUUCCUCAGCAGCAGACUACAGUUCAGCUGCAGGAGUGUAUCGAGCUGUUCACCACUGUGGAAACACUGGAGGAGGAGAAUCCAUGGUACUGUCCGGUGUGUAAGAAGCAUCAGCUGGCCACUAAGAAGCUGGACCUCUGGUCUCUGCCGGAGGUUCUCAUCAUCCACCUCAAGAGGUUCUCCUACACCAAGUUCACCAGAGAGAAGCUCGACAGCAUUGUGGACUUUCCCCUAAGAGACCUGGACUUCUCUGGCUGUCUCCUACGGAAAAAUCUGUCCAGUGGGGAGCCUCCGAGCCGCUACGACCUCAUCGCUGUGUCCAAUCACUACGGCGGACUCAGAGACGGACAUUACACCAGCUAUGCGAAGAACAAGGACAACGGUCAGUGGUAUUACUUUGAUGACAGCAAGGUGACCUACGCCAGAGAGGACCAGAUUGUGACCAACGCUGCCUACGUCUUGUUUUACCACCGACAAGACAAAAUCAGAAAACCCACUCUGCCCGCCCCCAACACAAGCCCCGCCUCCUCCACCCAGCCCGCCAACGACAUCACUUCCUGCAAAGAUGACGGCGCCGCCUCCUACGUCACCAUGGAAACGGACUAAAUGAACGCUAAAGAUUUAGUUUAAUUCUACUUUUGUUAUUUUUAUUUUUUUGCAGCAGGCCUUUUCUCAUCAGUUUGUUUUUUUCCCUUCAUUACUAACAACAGACGCACCUCUGCAGGCUUUUAUCUCAGAUCUCCUCAGCUGUUAUUUUCUGCUCUGAAUGUCUGAGUUUUCUCUGCUCGGUAGCUAACGUGCACAGAUCCAUGAUUCUCAGGUUGUUCGAUCAGUUUCAGAUUCUUGUUCUGAGCCUAAACAAGAUAGGAGGACAAGCAAUGUUAAUCCUCUUUAGUUCACGUUAACUAAUUAAUCUGCUUUUCAUUGUUAAAUCAGAAGUUACUGAACUAUCAGUGUUUAAUUGACCAAUUUAAACUCUUUUUUUAUUGCUCUCUAGUUAAGCAAUUCAAAUUACAGAACUCAUUUGAAGAUUAAUUAAAAUUUCAAAGCCAAGCUGUGCUAACAUGAAAAAGUUAAACAUGUUAAUUAAUUGAAUCAAAUUAAAAGAGUAAAAGCCUGAAUUUUAUUUGGCUAUUUUUGUGUCUGACAGUUCAUUUAUCUCCUGCUUUAAUUUUGAUAGUUUCCUUUUGUUAUUAUCUUAAAUUCAUAAAGACAUUUUAAAGCAGGUGACAUUUAAUUUUUAGGUUACAGUCUGCUCAUGUUUUAAAAUUAAAGUCAUCACAAAAUGGAAACUGUUCAUGUUAAAGCAGGAAACAAAAUGUUUAGCAAACACACAACUAAAUGCAUCAAGAAUCAAAUUCUGAUUGAAUUAAUUAAAAAAAUAAAUUAGAGUGGUUUUGACAUCUCCAGCCUCCAUAUUUAAUGAGAAGUUGUUUUUUUUUUUUUUAAGCUAAAAGGACUGCAGUUAGAGCUAAUUUCUGUUUAUUUCUUUAUUUGUUCUUGUCAAACAUUCAUAUAUUGACACCUAAUUUUUCAAGGAAAAACUAUUAAUUAUUAAAAUGAAUUAGAGUUCUUCUAUAGUUUAUGUGUUAUAAAUGAAACGGUUCACAGAUAAACAGAUGAAAGCAGAUUAGUUUCUGAUGGUUUAUUAAAGUGGACCAGAGAGCAGCAUGAGGGGGAUGAUGGGUAAUUAGAGGAGUGUUUAUAACAGAUAAAUAGAUAAUUUAAUGUUGAACAAAGCUGCCAGGGACAAUAAAUUAAUCUUUCUUUGUAUAUUUUGAUUGUUUUGUUCUAGUAUUUAUUUUUUUAAUGGACUAAUUUCAGCCGUCACAUGACUACAGGUUUUUUUUUCUCCCUCGAAUGAUUUUAUUGAUCGACUGGUGCAGGACAUUAAGAUGCUUAUUUUUUGUAUUUAUAGUUAAAAUUUGUAUUCAGGCAUAAAGUUAUUUGACAGAAUGUCAGGUAAACUGUUCAGUUUUCUUUGUUUCCAGUCUGUGCAGAGAGACGGACGCAGGCGAAGUUUUCUCUCUGUGGUCAGAGUGAGCUCUUACUGAUUUUUAAACCGGCUCUGUACAGUAUUUUUGUAUUGUAAGAAAUGUAUUAUUAAUAUUAUCAUUCCUGGGUGGAGCAGGAGGGGAAGCUUGGGGCGAUUUCUUUCUUUGGUCUUCCCUGUCAAAUAUCAGAUGAAAAUAUUUUAUUGUACUUUCAAUUUUUUUGAUAUGAAUAAAAGGAUGAUUAUUAUCACGAUGA